AUGACCCCCUCCACCAUCCAAGGCAGCCUCUUGCACAUCGCGGUGGCGCAAGGAGCCACGGAAGCAGCGAAGGUGCUGACGACCCACCUCUGCCGCGCGGGAUUGGCGCUGGACCCGUUGGAUGGCCUUGCCGAGACCCCACUGUUUUUGGCGGUGAAGACCGGAGAGUGCAACAUCGCAGCUCUUUUGCUGCAGGCGGGCGCGGACGUGAACAGUAUGUCGGGCAAGGCGUACCUUGAACGGCUUGGGAGAGACCUGGACACAGACGACUACAACGCCAUAGCUCCCCUCAGCCUGGCCUGUGCCCAGCGCGACCUCGGGAUGGUAAAGCUGCUUCUGCGGCAUGGGGCCGAUCCCAACGCUGGCAACGGUGUUGACGUGCCGGCGUCUCCUCUGAUGGCCUGCCUCGCUGAGAACGAGGAGCAGGGCCCAUCUUGGAAUGCCGAGCGCGUCAAGAAGAUUCUCGAAGAGCUGCUGGCAUCUCGUGCUGAUGUGAAUGGGCGCCCAUCCCACAUCGAAGCCUCAGAGCCGUUCGAUCAUCGGUCUUUGUGGCGGCGAGGGAUCCGUGGAGAGGCGUCCUGGGCCUGCUGCUGUCAGCAACUUGGUAGCCUCAUGGGUAGCCCAGGGGCAAGGGCAGAUGUCAACACGCCCGAUGACUACGGUGAUGCGCCCCUGCACGCCUGCCUCAACUUCGGGACGGAGGAGGCGACCCAACUUCUGUUGGCACAUGGGGCGGACGUCAACGCAGAGGAUGGCGAUGGGAUCUCGGCAGCAGUGCUGCAGAUCAUGCAGAGGAGGUCGCGGUUGCAGAUCAGCCCGGCCCGCUGUUGA